AUAAUUUAGGAUUUAUUCAAAACAACGUGUUCUCAAGUUUUUAAGGCAUACCUUUAAAAUUUCUUGACACAUUAUUUAGGAAACAUUAUAUUAUUAUUAUCAUUACUAUUUUAGUAGUAUAUAUACCAUUUAUAAUAACAUUGUUGUAGAUAAUAAUGUGUUACACGUGAACAUCGUUUUCAUAAUCAGUGUCCAUUAAAUAAAAACUGCAGUGAGGUCUACAGUCUGCAGCGUGUCUAUCCCACGGAACUACUGAUAUACGUUUAUAUGUCAUAUAUUAUUAUUUCAGGACAUAUGAGUGCAUACAUAUAUAAGUAAGUACAAUAUUUAAAAAUAAAAAUAAUAAUAAGUAGCCCGAUGGAACGGUGGAGUGGCAAGGUGGCAAUAGUUACUGGCGCCAGUGCUGGUAUUGGUGCGGCGAUUGUAGUGAAGCUGGCGAAGAGUGGCGUGCACGUCGUGGCGCUCGCCAGAAGAGAAAACGAACUAAAGGAAUUAGCCGAAUCGUUAAAUGAUAAAGACUACGGAACUAUUUAUACAAAAGUAUGCGAUGUCACUAACGAGCAAGAUGUGAAAAACGUUUUUUCGUGGGUAGAUUCAACAUUAGGAGGUCCCAGUAUUUUAAUUAACAAUGCGGGAGUGUCGAAAGUAUCAAGCCUUUUAAACGGAAAACUGGAGGAUUGGCAAGAGAUAUUUAAUGUCAAUGUUAUGGCGUUGAGUGUAUGUUCGAGAGAAGCUUACAAAUCGAUGACGAAAAAUAAAAUCGACGGUCACAUCAUUCAAAUAAAUAGUAUCUCCGGUCACAGUUUAACUCCGAACUUUGCGCACAAAAUGUAUAACGCUUCAAAGCAAGCAGUCACAGCACUGUGUGACGGACUACGACACGAAUUACAAUUAACUGGAUCAAAAAUCAAAGUUUCGAGCGUUAGCCCAGGACCAACAGCUACAGAUAUGUUAACAAAUCUCAUCAAAUAUCACAAAGAAUUAAAAACUACGGUGAAUUACAAAAUACUUGAUGCAGAAGACGUCGCGAAUGCCGUAAUUAGUUCUUUGGCAACGCCGCCAAAUGUUCUUAUAGCUGAAAUGAUUAUCAUACCAACUGGAGUUACAAUACAGAUGCAUUUCCAACCGAGUUCUCAAGUAGUGGAAAAUUUAUUAAACUUAUGAUUGAUUAUGCUAAUAUUUGUUUAAUUUGUUUCUGGUUAAAAUUAAUGAUAAAAUUAUUUAAAUUAUAUAUUAAUUAUGAAUAAUUAUUUAAAAAUGUUCCAACAUAUUUUAUUAAUUAUCGGGGAAAAAAAUAUUAUUGUAUCGUUUUAUGUCACAUUUAUGAAACGAAAUUUAUUGAUUCUAGAUUAAUUGAUUAUUAAAAAAUAUAUCGAUAUAUGUAUUAUUAUUUUAA